CAUAUGCAGUGCAUGAAAACCUAAGAAAGGGCCAUGAAAGGUAGAGGAACAGAAGAAGAAACAUACACAGAUAUCUAGGGAAAUAGUAGCUACUACAAUCAUUAACACCCCUUACAUGGUCUGUGUGGUGCAAGCCACAAGGCCUCCUUGUUCAUGAAGUCCAAUUCCAGCAGCACCAUUUACGAGGAGGCGGUUGGGCAAGAGGGGAGCUGGAGCAGGCUGUGUGAUGGAUGUUGCAUGGUGCCAAGCGUGGUGUACUGCCACGCCGACUCCGCAUACCUCUGCGCGUCUUGUGAUGUGCGGAUCCACAGUGCAAACCGUGUGGCCUCGCGCCAUGAGCGCGUGUGCCUCUCCGAGGCCCACGAGCAUGCACCAGCGCUGCUGCAAUGCCGCACAGACGCUGUAGCGUCUUGCGCCGCCUAUGAAGCACAGGCGCACUACGCAAACCUGCUCGCCGGGAUGCACCAGUGCGUGCCUGUGGUUUCACACCCGGCCACAGCCAUUCCGACUGCUUCUUUACUUGCUGAGGCAGCAGUCACCACUACCAUCCUCAGCUGCAAGGAAGAGGAGGCGUCUUGGUUGCUACUCAGCAAAAAUUCUGCUAACCACAAUUGCAGUGGCGACAACAGGAGCAGCAGCACAUACUUUGGUGAAGUGGAUGAGUAUUUUGAUCUUGUCGGGUACAAUUCCUACUAUGAUAGCCGCAUGAACAACAACCGAGCGCAGUACGUGAUGCAAGAACAGCAACAUCUGCAGCCCAUGCAAAAGGAAUAUGCAGAGAAGGAAGGGAGCGAGUGUGUGGUACCUUCGCAGUUUGCUACCGCGAGUAAGCCCCAGCAGAGUGGUUAUGCACUUGUGGGGGCAGAGCAGGCUGCAUCGAUGACUGCUGGGGUCAGUGUUUACACAGAUUCUGUCAACAACAGCAUAUCGUUCUCAUCAAUGGAAGGGGGAAUAGUACCAGACAAUACGGUGGUAGAUCUGCCCUACUCCAUCAUCCCUACGCCUGCUGGAGCCAGCAGCCUCCACUCAGGUCCUCCACUUCAGAUGCCACUACACUUCAGCUCCAUGGACAGAGAGGCCAAAGUCCUGAGGUACAAGGAGAAGAAGAAGACCAGAACGUUCGAGAAGACCACACGUUACGCAACAAGGAAAGCCUAUGCUGAAGCACGGCCGAGGAUCAAGGGCCGCUUCGCGAAAAUAUCAGAAGCGGAAAUGGAAGUGGACCAGAUGUUCUCGGCUGCAGCUCUUUCUGACAGUAGCUACAGUACUGUUCCCUGGUUUCAAUGAGACUCUAUUAGACAUUACAUUAGCAUACAUAUGUACUUACCAGAACAAUAAGGUCCAGUGCAAGCAGUUCAGGUAGAUCGGUGCUCUGAAUAAUUGUGUGGUAUGCGAACCUUAAUUGAUAAGGUAUCUUAGUAUCUAUGUUUUGCUUUCUAAAUUUGAGAUAGCAAAAUAUGCAUUGUGCGAUACUUGCUCGGUCGCUUUGAUAUUUCAAGUGAACAAAGAGCAGUAUUAACUA